UCUAAAGCCAAUAUAGAACAGACAGCUAAGAAACACUGAGAAUGAAAACAGAUGUUCAGAAAGAGCUGUUCUUCAAAUAACGUUUUGUAGAAGAAGAAUGGAAAUCUCCAGCUCAUUUGUGUUGGUUUCAGUCUUGGCCGUGCUGAUGUUGGUCAGAUGGUGGAGGAAAGCAAGUGGACUUACUCUACCUCCGGGACCUUUGGCACUGCCACUGAUUGGUAACUUACUGAUGAUAGAAAAGCGUGCACCCUUUAAAAGCUUUAUGAAGUGGAGUGAAACCUAUGGACCUGUGAUGACGGUGUACCUCGGGCCCCAGAGAGUGGUUGUGCUGGUCGGUUAUGAUACAGUGAAGGAGGCCCUACUGGAUCAGGGAGAACACUUUGCAGGCAGAGCCCCCAUUCCCUUUCUCAAAAAAAUUGUGAGAGGCUAUGGUCUGGCCAUCAGUAAUGGUGAACGUUGGCGUCAACUGAGGCGUUUUACUCUCACCACACUGAGGGAUUUUGGGAUGGGACGCAAAAGAAUGGAACAGUGGAUUCAAGAAGAGAGCAGACACUUGCUGAAGAGUUUUGAGGAAACCAACUCUGCACCAGUAGAUCCGACCUUCUUCCUGAGCCGAGCUGUGUCCAAUGUGAUCUGCUCCUUGGUGUUUGGGCAGCGCUUUGAUUAUGAAGACAAAAACUUCCUGCACUUACUCCAGAUCCUCUCAAGAAUCUUGCGCUUUGCCAGCAGCACUUGGGGCCAGCUCUACAACAUCUUCCCUCGACUAAUGGAAUUCUUGCCUGGGAAUCAUCACGACGUGUUUAGAGAGACAGAUGACAUCAGAUCCUUUGUUAUGUCUAAGGUCAAAGAGCACGAGCAAACUCUGGACUCCAGCGAUCCAAGAGACUUUAUUGACUGCUUUCUUAUCAAACUCAAACAGGAGAAAGACAAUCUUGAGACAGAAUUCCACAAAGAGAACAUGACUGGGACAGUUUUAAAUCUGUUUGCAGCUGGUACGGAGACCACCAGCACAACUAUCAGAUACGCCCUGAUGCUGUUGAUCAAGCACCCACAUAUACAGGAACAAAUUCAGAAGGAGAUUGAUAGAGUUAUAGGACCGAACAGAAUUCCUACAAUGGACGACAGGAAGUCCCUUCCAUUCACUGAUGCUGUGAUUCAUGAAGUGCAGCGAUAUCUAGACAUCGUUCCACUCAGCAUUCCUCAUUAUGCCACACAAGACAUCUCAUUCAGAGGUUAUGUAAUACCAAAGGACACAGUGAUUAUUCCCCUGUUGCACUCUGUCCUAAAGGAUAAGGGGCAGUGGGAAACCCCUUGGACAUUCAACCCUGAACACUUCUUGGAUGCCAAUGGCAAUUUUAAAAAGAAUCCAGCCUUUAUCCCCUUCUCUGCUGGUAAACGCUCUUGUGUGGGCGAGUCUCUGGCUCGUAUGGAGCUCUUUCUGUUCAUCGUGUCUCUGCUUCAGAAGUUCAACUUCAGUAGUCCAAAUGGUCCAGAUGACAUAGAUCCCAGUCCUGAACUAAGCGGCUUUGGCAACUUGCCUCGAUUUUAUCAGCUUAUUGCCUCCCCUCGCUGA